AUGACAGCACGUCCAAUAGCAAUGGUUCCAUCAUCACGCAAUAACAACAACAGUAACAGUAUCAAUGAGGAUGAUCCAAUGAUUACAUGUCGAUUGCAAAUCGAGCGCUGGCUCCAACCGCAAAUUGCCCAUUGGAUUCAACAAGAACUGCCCAUUCUGGAUUGGGUAUCUAGGCUGCCCAAUGGAAUCUUGCAAAUUCAGUUUCUCAGCGAGCAUUUGAAAUGGACCAACAGUGAAAAGACCCAAGGUUUAGUUCUCAAACAUUUCCAUUGGUAUUGUGGUACUACCAAUAGCAGUACUAAUGGCACCUAUCAUGAACCGGCAAUGGUGCAUCACGUCAGCAAAUCCCAUUUGUUCUUUCUACACUGCAAUCUGACGAGUAUUCAGCAACAUAAUCAUGAUUAUGAUGAGGAGGAUGUUGACAUUCAAGUGUGGACCAACGACUCAUUUCCUUCUUCCACCAAGAAGCAUGUCACGACUUUGUAUCAAUUGAAACCACUCAUGGAUUGCGAUGCCAUAGAGCAACAACAAUAUGGAAAACCACCAACAACGCCACAAAGUCCCACCACCACCACCACCAACAACAACAACAACAUUCAGUUGGCAAUGUGUUCCGUCCUGUAUGGUUACGACGCCUCGGCCAUGCUUGUCCAAUUUGCCGAAUAUUACGCCCAUUACAAACGAUUGGGAGUUCAACACUUUUGGGUCUUUGUCAAUACGGCAACGACGACGACGACGACGAGUAAUGGAAAAUUACCAUCGACAUCACUUCUUUCCAUACAACUACAACCACAAUCCACUACUCGUACUACUUAUUUAGUAUUACCAAACGUCGACGACGUCACGUACAUUCCUUACAAUUUUCGAUGGAACGAUUUCAUGAAGUAUGCCAACUUUAGUGCACCCUUUUUGGGGGCAAGCAUGUGGCAAGAAGCCAUGCAGAAUCAAUGUUUGUCACGAUUGCGACGAUAUGGUGUCAAAUGGAUAAUGACCCUAGAUGUGGACGAGUUUGUGGAAAUUCGUGGUAACAACGAUGAGUCCUCGAGACGAGACAAAGAAGAAGAAUAUCCAUUGCGAUCCUUCUUGUCACGAUAUGACCAAGACGCAAACAAUAAGAGACAGAAAGACAAGCCCGUUGGAGCAUUGCGUAUGAGGUCGGUCCCCUUUCCGACCAACCGGAAAUUCGAUUUACCCACAUUUCGACCCUACCGCAUGGCCAUGGAUCAUGUACAUCGGUGGGAUGAUACCCUUGGGACCUAUAUCGAUGCCAAAAGACCCAAAAUGAUUUAUCAGGCCCAACUCUGCGAUGUUGCAGGAGUCCAUUGGUGUCGAAGGUACAAUCGCGGAGCUAUUUCCCAAAGUUUGAAUGCGACUCAUGAGAUUAUGUUGCAUCACAUUCGAGCCGCCACCGCGGUGACGAAUAUUGGUUGGGUUAUAAAAAGAUUGGAGGAAAGGGAAUGGUGA